AUGACUCUGGAUCUUUUCGAGAUUAUCACUAAAGAGGAAGAAUCCUCUAUCUAUGGGACAGCCCCAAGACAUUCCUCUGAUAUAAAAGCCAGGCAAGAAACUGCUGACAGCAUCAUAUCCUCCUGCAAUGACUCUAUUGAUGAUAAAAUCAAGAGAAAAACAAAUUAUCAUGACACUUACAUUCAGGAGAUUCUUCACAUCAUUGAUGAGAAGCUGAGCAAUGCUAAAAUUGAUGCUGACAUAGAGUUUGAGGUGUCUCUGAAACAACACAUCUGUGGAUCUGCAGCCAGGGAAUUUCAGAAGAUGCAUGAAGAAUUUAUACAAGAAAAUGAUCCUUACAGACGUCUGCAGAAAAACAAAAACAAAUUUUGUGCGAGUUUCAAAGAUGUGUUCUAUAAACGAGAUCAAUGCCAGAAGAAAGCUGAAGAGUUCACCAAUCAGUGUCUGAAACCUGCUGUGGAAGAUUUUAUUUAUCGUUCCUUGGGCCUCAACAUAAUCGAUGAAAUGCUGACAGGAGAAGAGUUCAGCACACGAAUGUCUUUUCAAUAUUCAGUUUUAAUGGAUCUUAUUUCAAGGAAUGAAUUUGAACUUUAUCUUUACUACAUCUGUUCCUAUGAAGAUUAUUUAAAAUCCCAGAUAUCUGACAGAAUAAAGAAGCAUUUUUCUGAUGGGUCUAUUUUAGGUGAAAUUGAAGACAGACAUCUUGAGUCGAGCAUUAGCAACAUCAAUGGUGCCAUCAAAAAGGCUGUAGCAACUGAUAGCCUGAAGACAUUUGAUGAAGAGAUCUGCAAAGAACUUGGUGACAAACUGGUGAUAUCCCAGGAUGCUCUUGGUGCCUUCCUGGUCCUAAACAAUGCUGAUCAGAAACAGUUCGCUCACUGGCUCACAGUGUCUGUGAAGGACAUGGCAGAAGCUCUGAGGACAGAUAUUCAGAACAGACCCUUUGAAACCAAACUCAGUCAUCUCCAUGUAAAACCUCAUGUUGAGCUUUUCAACAGAGUGAUCGGUUGUGGCCAGCAGUGCCCAUUCUGUGCAGUACCCUGUGAUGCAGGAGGAAAACUCCACACUGAACAUUUUGCUUCAUUGCAUCGUCCACAGGGCUUGGGUGAGCAUAGAUGGGAGGGAACAGAGCAGCUUAUGACUGACAUCUGCUCUUCUCUGAUUGUCAGUGGAAAGACGUUUUGUUGCAGUGCCACAAAGGAUGAAUGGCACCUUUACAAAAACUAUAAGGAAAUCUACCCAAACUGGGACAUUCGUCCAGAUAUCAGCCUAGAGGCAUCAGACUACUGGAAAUAUGUGAUGGCCAAGUACAACCAGGAAUUUGCCAAAACAUACAUGGCAAAACCAGCAGACAUUCCUCCUGCUUGGAACAAUAUCACAGAACAGCAAGCAAAAGAAAGCCUUAAAGAGUCAUUUAACAUCAAGUGAGACUAGAGUUUUCUAGUCAGGCAUUUCUAUUCUUGAGAAGAUCCAUU